UGGCUGGUAUAUAUAUAAGAGGGGAUCGUCAGUCUGUACAUUCGUAGUUUAAACUCCGACCCGACAGAACAUAUCACAUAGCAAUGAUGAAACUGCUCCUCAUCACCGCUCUCUUCGGCUUCGCCGCCGCCGGCUACGCUGCCUACCCUGAGCAGUCGAGCAGAUCUCAAGCCUCCUUCGAGAAGAACGCCAGAAUAAUUGCCCUGGACUCCGACGUGAAGGAAGACUCCUUCAGAUACAACUACGAGACCGAGAACGGGAUCAAGGCUGAGGAACAAGGACAUGAGGCUGACGGUAUCGAGGCUCAGGGUGGCUUCCAAUACACCGGCGACGACGGCCAGGUCUACUCCAUCAGCUACGCAGCCGGCCAGGGUGGCUUCCAGCCCCAGGGUGCUCACCUCCCCACCGCCCCCCCAGUACCCGAGGAAAUCCUGAAGGCGCUGGAGCAGAACGCCCGCGAUGAGGCCGCUGGCAUCGUCGAUGAUGGUACCUACAACCCCGGCAAAUACGGCGACGCCAGCGCCUCUGCCGGUUUCGCUCAGCAACCAUACGCGCGUGCGCAAGCCUCCGCGUCCGCCGGCUUCAGACAGAACUACAAAUACUAAUUUAGUUUAACUAAACGUAAGACAAACGAUCGAUUGCACUGAAGAACUGAGUAAACAUUUCUAUUCUUCUUUUGUAAGAAAUGGUUAAUUAAAAAAAUUGUGGAAAAUGUGUUAGAAUCUUCCAUUGAAGUUUACAAGGUUUGCCAUAGGUGAUAAAGUUGUAUGUAAGUAAUUGUUAAGAAGAAAGAAACUCCUUAGUAAGCUAUUGGAUAGCUUGUAAGACUUUUUUCAACAAUUUGAGUUUUCUAGUUAUCCAUUUUUUGCUUUCACCAUUUUUGUCUUAUUUUUCUGUUUGUUGACAUCUUUUACUUAUAAUGUACCUGAACUAUGUACUACUAUUGAAUUGACACAAUACAGAAUAGUGUAUCAAUUCAAUAGUAUAAUAAUACUCAAUGUGUACGGAUGUUUUGUUUGUAUCGAUCAUUUGCUAUAGUCAUAAUGGUCCAGUGAGAUGAUGAGGAGCACGAGUAUUUAUUCUA